AUGAAGGAGAAUGAGACAGUUGAUGAGUUCGCCGGCAAACUAAGCACCAUAUCCAGUAAAUUUUCCAUCCUCGGAGACACACUUGAAGACUCCACCCUUGUCAAGAAGUUACUCGAUUCCGUCCCCGACAAAUAUUUCCCUGUUGUCGCCGGGAUCGAGCAGUUCUAUGAUCUCGACACCAUGGCAUUUGAGGAGGCGGUAGGGAGACUGAAAGCAUUUGAGGAACGAGCAGUGAGGCUGCGUAACAACGCCAGCAACACAGAUGGCCAGCUCUUGCUCACUCAGGCCGAGUGGCAGGCGCGGCAAAGAGGGACCAUCACGGAUACUUCAUCAGGAGGAAGGGGCCGUGGCUUUAGAAAUCCUGAUCAUGGAAGAGGGCAUGGACGGUGGCGCGGUCGUGGCCACAGCGGUUAUAGUGCCCCACGUCAAGAAAAUACAGGAGGAAGCACUAGCGGUGCCGUAAAUGGCACUCGUGACAAGAGUCACAUAAAAUGCUUCAAGUGCGAGAGAAUGGGCCAUUAUGCAUCUGAGUGUCAUGGCAAGCGGCACGACGAUGAAGCUCAUCUUACCCGCACCGUCGAUGAAGAGCCUGCACUGUUAUUAACCAUGUCCCAAGGGGGAUGCGCACUCGGGCGGGGAGUGGCGGGGAUGUUGCAUUGCUCAACGAAGAAAGAUCAUCGGCGAGAUAGGCACCAUGAUACUAAGAAGGAAGAAAAUGAGGAUCUCUGGUAUCUUGACAAUGGUGCUAGUAAUCACAUGACUGGUCAUCGUGCCAAGUUUCAAGAAUUGAAUGAAGCUGUCACCGGGAGGGUGAAGCUCGGCGACGGGUCAACAGUCCAGAUCAUGGACAAGGGAACAGUCAUGUUUGCCUGCAAGAACGGUGAUCAGAAGGCUCUCCAUGAGGUAUACUACAUUCCAAAGCUUUGUAAUAACAUUAUAAGCCUUGGGCAGAUGACAGAAGAUGGGAAUGAAGUGCUCAUGGCGGGUGACACCGCGAAGGUCUUUGACAAGAGCGGGAAGCUCCUAAUGUCAGUGAAACGGACACAACACCGACGACAGAAACAUCAAGUUUGUCUACACCACCAUUGA